UAUAAGAGCAGGCCUUCAUCCUGUUUUUCAACAAUUCAGCUUUUGCUCUUUUUCCCCUUCUUCAUCAACCAACUACUUACAUUCGCUCGAUCAUAAUGCAAUUCUCUACUUUCGCUGCCGUUUACUCUAACACCACCACCGUCAUCACCAUCACUUCUUGUGACGAGGUCUGUACCGAGACCAUCGAGGGUGUUGUUACUGAGUACACUACCUACUGCCCACUCUCCACCGAGGAGACUCCAGCUACCGUUGCUCCAACCACCAAGGCUCCAGCUACUGAGGAGACUUCUACUGUCCACGCUACUGAGACCUCCACCCUUGCUGCUAACGGUACUACCUACUCCGUUACCUCUUACGAGGGUGCUGCUGUCAAGGCCCUUCCAGCUUUCGCUGCCGUUCACAUCAAAACAAAAUUGAUACCACUUGUCAUAUUUAUGUAACGUUUUUAAAGGGAUUCUAAUUUGGGUAGUUUUAUAAAACGUUUUGUAGUAUCAUAUUGUGUAGUUUUGUGUUUGAUUGCUGUU